CCACUGCCACACAAUCGCAAGUUUGAAACGUGGAUCUGCCGAAGCAGAUUCGUUUACACAUAGAAUACGUAUGGGACAUUUAAAAUAAUUUUUAAAUAUGGAGUACAUAUAUCGGUUACCAUUCACAGUACUGGAAGUACCUAAUUUAAAAUUAAAAAGACCGUCAUGGUUUGUGAAACCAAGUGCUAUGGUCGUCUUUUCAUUCAUACUUUUAUCGUAUUUCCUAGUUACAGGAGGUAUUAUAUAUGAUGUAAUCGUGGAACCUCCAAGUGUAGGAUCAACAACUGAUGAACAUGGACAUACGCGACCUGUAGCAUUUAUGCCAUAUCGUGUAAAUGGUCAAUAUAUAAUGGAAGGUCUAGCCUCUAGUUUUCUGUUUACAUUAGGAGGAAUCGGUUUCAUAGUACUCGAUCAAACACAUAAUCCAUCAACCCCCAAAUUAAAUAGGAUCUUAUUAAUAUGUGUUGGAUUUAUCAGUGUUAUUGUUUCAUUUGCUACUUGCUGGAUUUUCAUGAGGAUGAAGCUACCCAAAUAUAUUUUCUCAUUCUGUUAAAAAAAAGUGUGUAGAAUAAUUGAAAAGUUUUUCGUGGUUUCAUAUUACUUGUACAUGUGCAUUACUUUGUAAUGUUGACCUCGAAUCUUUCGGGUAACAGAGUCAAAAAUAGAAGUCAUAUUCGAAUGCAACAAUGUAACACUUUACAGAUAUAAUUUAAAUUAUGUCACACAAUAUGUUUCGCAUAUAAUUUAAUUUUAAUAUAAUUACUCACAAGUUGAACGAAAAAAUUUUCAAGUUUUAUCGAAAAAAGUUUAAUGAAGCUCAACAUUUUUCUUACAUUUAACAAAAUAUAAAUUGUACUCAGUUUGUCAAUUGUACUUCAUUGUCUACAAUUUAUUGUUUGUAUCUGAUUUUAGCGCCGCAUAGACCUUGUGAUUGUUAUUCAACAUGUUCCGUUAUUUAUGUAAUAUUUUUAGAAAAAUACAUUGUCUGUAUCAUUUGUAAUUAAAUAUCAGAUAAAUUUCA